AUGACUGAGUCUGUAUCCUCAUCAUCAUCUAACUAUAGUAAAACUUCGGAUUCUAUUAAAGUUAUCGUUCUCGGCGAUAGUGCUGUAGGCAAAUCGAAACUAUUAGAACGAUUUCUAGCCAAAAAUUUUGAAGAUUCGCGAUACUCAACAUAUGCAAUCAACAUAUUCAAACACACAACGAAAAUUGAUGGGAAACCAGUCGAAGUGGAGUUUUGGGAUACAGCUGGUCAAGAGAAAUUCGACAAUCUUCACCAUUCCUAUUUUCAUCAAGCACAUGCUUGUAUUAUGAUUUUCGAUGCAACAAGAAAAAUUACUUAUAAAAAUCUCGAUCGUUGGUAUACUGAACUACGUGAUAUCCGUCCACAUAUUCCAUGCUUGUGCGCUGUUAAUAAAAUUGAUGCAGCAAUGGAAAUAACAAAGAAAUCCUUUUCAUUCCCCAAGAAACAUGACAUGCCAUUGUACUUUGUCUCGGCAGCUGAUGGAACCAAUGUUGUUCGACUCUUUCGUGAUGCUAUUCGUGUUGCACAAGCCUAUCGAAACGGAGAUACAGCAGAUUUCAUUGAUCAAAUCAUGCGCGAACUCGAAACCAUGAAUGACGACAAUACCAAUUCCACACCAGCCAAUAAUUGA